CUAACAUAUCCUAACAAAUAAAACUAGUAUAAGGCGCUGACAUGGAUGUACCUGACUACGAAAGGAAAUCGACUCGACACCUAGUGCUACUUCUGUCAUUUAUAAUACGGAUAUCUAUUGCGUGCAACAUGCCUAAACUAAAACCUUUGCAUGAAAACCAAUGUGACUGUCGUCAUAACGGAAGUGACGCAUACCUGACGUGCUAUUCUGACGUCGAUUGUUACAACGCCGGAGACGCCAACAUCAUACACCACUUUUGGAGUGGAUACUUUGAAAACGGAACCUUUCAAGAAUUGUCAGAAGAUCCGAAAUACCAGUAUAACAUACGUACUGAAAACCGUGGAAAGGACAUGACCCGGUUUGUUACUACUCUGACCAUUCCUAACGUUACCGAUGUGGACUACAUCCGCAGAUUCCAGUUCUCCGUUACUUCUGAAUUUGGAAGCUUGCAGCCACUGCCUCCGAUAUCACUCUGUAACAAAACAGAAAGGAGAAUUGUGGAUGUUGACGAACCAGUUGACCUUAUCGUGUUAGUGAUACGUUUGGUUAUUUCCGUUGCUGUGUGUUUAAUAAUUGUGUAUGCAGUUAUUAUCAACCUACCGUUUCUGAAGUAUUACUUACUCCGAUGUUGUAGAAGAGAAGUAUUACACAAGAGAAGAGAUACGGAGGGACUGACCUAUGACACGGCACUACUGUAUGACACUGACGAUACCCAAGCCAGUCUAAUUGCGGUCAGCCUGAAAAAGGAACUUUCGUCACGUGGUUUAGAUGUUGCUUCUGCUGGUGACGUCUUGGGAUAUCAACCGAAAAUGAGAGAACUGGACGCGAUACCUACCAGUGCAACAGUGAUCUACGUUGUUACUCAAGAAUCCUCGAUAGACAAAUCGCUGACUUUAGCAAGAGACGAAGCUUCGAGAUGUAAAACAUCAAAAGAACAAAUACUUGUGUAUACACAUCAGGUGCCUUCUGCGUUCAAACAGAAUAGCUUAUUGACUCUCAGUUGGUUUGAAGACAUAAAAAAGAAAUGCAGUCGACCUCAGGAACGGUAUCAGGUCGUUUCUACCAGCGAUACAAACAGAGAAUGUGCCAGUGAACCGAAUGGAGACUCAAAUGGAAAUAUAGAAAGAAAUCCGAAUAUUAAUGGAAAUAGUGAGGAGGACAACGUCAACUUUGUGGUACGUGUGUACAGAAAGUGGAGGCGGCAGAAAUUUUACAGGACGUUAGAGUUAGGUCUGUCGAUUGGUUUCCGGGUGAACAAGGUAGCAGGCACGUCUUUAGCUUACAAGUCCUCAGAAAACAGUUUAACUGAAAUAUAGUGAACCCAGUAGCUUCUCCUAUCGCAUUUAUAGGUUCUAUUUUAGUUACUUGCAUUUUUGUAAAGUGUAGACAGCCAGCAUUGCAAUAAUCAAAAACGAGAAAUGAUAUACACAUUUAUAUAGUUUUUUUGAUGAAUUCUACUUCCCACAUCAAUAUAUAUUACAUAUAAAGUCAUAUUGCAUAAAGAAAUAACAAAACUUUAGGUACAAAUAGUUUAAUGAACUAUAAUACGCAAAUGAAACCAUCAUAUAACAGUUAUAAAAGAAUACUUUCCAAAGUAAAUGUGAGUUUGCAAAAGUUAGGGAGGCUUUGAGCCGCAAUAUGUUCAGUAAACAUUUGAAGCAAUAUUAAGAUUUUAAAGUUACACCCUUUCUUAUAAUACAAAUCAAUGAUAUUACGGGUGUUGAUACAAAAAACAUGAUAACAGAUACUUUGCAGAUUUCAGAAGGACUAAGAUAAAAAAAAUAUUGCUUGAAAUAAAUAUGAUGAGUGUUUACAUUAUAGCAAUACUAUACAGAAGGUUGUCAUAAAUUAUAUACUCUAAUAGGUCUCAGUACUCUUACUCAGCGGAGUUUGUGUAAUAAAUAGAUGAAUAUUUUAUGACUGAUGAGUUCGUUUAUAGAAACAUAUUUACUAUCGUAUGGCAUUGUUACUAUAUAACCCUACCAAAUUCAGUUGGCAUUCAUAUAGGCUACGAAUGCCAUGGAACGAUUGUUGACGUCAUCAUUAUAAUGACGUUAUAAUUGUUGCGUUGGAUACCACUGAACCUCACUGGGAGAUGGCUGAUCUAUUCUUUGAACAAGCAUACACGAUACAUAAAUUAUUUAAACUAAAUGUUGAAUAAUAGUAAAUUUUAUUGAAUUUUCUAUGAG